CGCAGCCACUGAACCACAAGCAGCUUCGCUUUAACUGGAGUGCCUGGGAGUCGCGUGCCACGAGCCGCACGGCCAGGGACUGACUGACAGACGGACACGCACCACCACCACAACACACGAGACCCGGGCGGGGUGCCGCCGCCGCCGGGGCUCUUGGCAAACUCGUCGGUCAGAGAGAUCCCCUGCAGAGCUGCGCCACCAUAGCGCCAGGCCCGCUACUUUCCAGCGGGGCGGAGGACACAGCGCUGCGCUCCGAGCUGCGGGGAAAUUCCCGGCACACGCCAAAGUAAUAGCCACGCCGCAGCACAUUUAGAGCCGAGUAGGAUGUUCGUCAAGUCCGAGACCUUGGAGUUGAAGGAGGAAGAGGACGUGCUGGUGCUGCUGGGCUCGGCGUCCCCAGCCUCGGCCGCCCUCACCCCGCUGUCCUCCAGCGCCGACGACGAGGAGGAGGAGGAGGAGGAGGAGGAGCUGGGCGCGUCGGCGGCGCCUGGGCAGAACCGGGCCGAGGCCGUGCAAGGGGCGCGGGUGGGCGCAGCGGCCAGUGCGGGGGGCUGCGGGCCCGCACGGCUGCUGGGUCUGGUACAUGAGUGCAAGCGGCGCCCCUCCCGAGCCCGGGCCGUAUCCCGCGGCGCCAAAACGGCCGAGACCGUGCAGCGCAUCAAGAAGACGCGGAGGCUGAAGGCCAACAACCGCGAACGCAACCGCAUGCACAACCUCAACGCGGCGCUGGAUGCGUUGCGCGAGGUGCUCCCCACGUUUCCCGAGGACGCCAAGCUCACCAAGAUCGAGACCUUGCGCUUUGCACACAACUACAUCUGGGCGCUCACUGAGACCCUCCGCCUGGCCGACCACUGCGGGGGAGGCGGCGGCCUGCCGGGGGCGCUGUUCUCCGAGGCGGUGCUGCUGAGCCCCGGGGGCGCCAGCGCAGCGCUGAGCGGCAGCGCAGACAGCCCAUCGCCCGCCUCCUCGUGGAGUUGCACCAACAGCCCUGCAUCGUCCUCCUCCUCCGCGUCCUCCAACUCCACUUCCCCGUACAGCUGCACUUUAUCGCCCUCCAGCCCCGCCGGCUCAGACAUGGACUACUGGCAGCCGCCACCUCCCGACAAACACCGCUAUGCACCUCACCUUCCCAUAGCCAGGGAUUGUAUCUAGAGUUGCCAUCUCGGCCACCCACACCAGGCGUUAGGAGCUCCCCUUUCCUGUCCCCCUACCGAGCCUUCCUCCCAUCCUUCUCCUGCCUCCCGCCCCCCUCCCCUCCUUCACUUCUCAAAGCAGAUGUAGCCAUGGCGAAGAGUCCUUGGUCGGUUGUGCAUCCUUGGCUAUGGGUUUACUUCAUUCUGCGGGCUCUGAUUUAUUAAAGGUGUGAGGGAGGCGUUUGGAGGGAGCUUCUCGAGACUAAAGACGCUGGGAAAAGAUGAGGGUGACAAAGUUAACUGGUUUCCAGCCAGACUGACGCUCCUCCCUUCUCUGAAACACGGGAGGAGGAUUCAGCGCAGUUCAUGUGACUCUCCCAGGGGGAAGGCAACUGGUUCCUGCGAUCUCUUCACCUUUGCUUCUACAUAGAGAUGUUAAUGUCGAGUAGAAGGAACUGUAUGUUAGCAUCUGAAUGACUGUACCGGUAAUAAUAUUGUCCACAGAUUUGCAAUGGCUGGCAUCUGCUUUAUUCCCAUUGCUGUCCGCAGGCUGUGGGAAUUUCACCUGUCAAACCAAACUUUCCCUCUCUGAUGUGCACUUUGUUCUUUUUCCCAGAUUCGUCACAAUGCCUAUUGUCUCGUCCUUCUCUUUCCUUUUUCUUCUCCAUUUUGCCAUCUGUCUCUUAUGAUUUAUAAGGGGGAAAACUGGUUUUGUUAGAGUGCCAGGUUAGGAGUCAUUGUAUAAUUUGUAGGCUUUGUAAUGAUUGAAUGCAAGCGUGGAAAUUUAGGCUGAACUCUCUAUCAAAAGGAAAAAUGUGGAGGAAAAGGGAAAAAUCAGGAGGGAGGAUUGCUUCAUGCAUUAUUUAUCGCGACCUUUUAGGGGAGAAGGAACUCCCCCAUUCUUUCAAGAGAUUAAGAAUAAAUCCACAGUCUGAAAACCUAAGCAGACACGGAGCAUUAUCGGAACCAGCCACACACGUGUUCCCUUCUAUUUAUUAUAAAGAAAAAUUUCAUGGGAAAAGUAUGUAUUUUUUGUAUAUUCUACAGAGUUUAUUCUAGUAUGUAUUUACAUCUUGAAGAACAAAAAAUUGUUCUGUGAUUAAGCUAUAAAUAAAGUAUCUAAUUUUCAUAA